GCGACGAUUGGACUACCGCGGUAGCACCUCUAGGCAAGGCUGUGCAGUUUCUCGGCAACACUAGGUUUCAGACUUCACGACGCAUCGAUUGACAACAAGUGUCGGUGGCCUAAAGACCAGAUCGUUCGGCUCUGCUAAGAUCCUGGAAUCGAACACUACUAAUGCCUCUUGUGUAGUCGUCAUAAUGGUCAGCACCGUAUCCUUCACCGGCGAAAAUUCGACGAGCUUGAGUUGAGUUCAUGUAUAAAGGCCAUAACAACCAUCCUCAUCUAUAGCAUCUCACUACAGCCUCGCAACAAACACUCCGUCAUCCUACCUUCCAGUAACAGCCAUUCUCGCUUUCGCUGCUGCGCCUUCGAGUACUCCAGCUUCAAAAUGCGUCCGUCACUUUGGUCUUCCAUCUUUAUGGCCGGCUCUUGCCUAGCCCAGAGCCACAUUGCUGCGUUCCUCAAGUCUCAGUCUGAUCUUAGCACACUGCUUGAGCUUGUUGGCCUCAUUGACGGCCUUGCGGACACUCUUGCAGCAUCUUCGAACAUCACGAUUUUCGCACCAACAAACCAAGCUUUUGCUAACGUGCCACGAAACAUUCCUGAAGGUGAGACCAUCGAAUUCAAGAACGAUAGUAUUGCCAUUGGAGCGCUCCUCGCGAAUCACGUCUUCAAGGGAGUCUUCCCAUCAAAUGUCAUCACCAACGUUCCCAUAUUCGCCCAGACAUUACUCGACAUUUCGUACAUCAAUGAUCGCCAGCCUUUCUCCAACUUCACUGGCGGUGCAUACAAUGGUCUCGUCAAGAACGGGAACGAUGUGUGUGUUUUCUCCGGCGAGCAGACUAUUUCAACUGUUACUCAAGCUGACAUCAAGCUCGGUGAAGGCAUCACAAUCCAUAAGAUCGACACAGUGCUCUCAUUCGGUGCUCCACUACAGCUGUUCACCUACCGAGCAGGCUACACAGCCCUGAACGCCGCGCUGGAACAAGCCAACUUGAACAUCGACUUCGGAUUGACCGGAGCAGACUUCGUAUCUCUCAACCUUUCAGACUACACCAUCUUCGUACCUACCAACGAUGCAUUCACUAACAUCGGCUCUGAACUCGAGUCUGCAGACGUGAAGACACUCCAAGAUGUCCUCGCUUACCACAUUAUACCCAACAACGUAAUAUUCUCGCCUUCUCUGGGCAAUAUCACCGUGCCGUCCCUUCAGGGUGCCAACAUCACAUUCACGGUCCUGCCUGAUGGUUCGGCAUACGUCAAUAACGCAAAGAUCGUCUUCCCUAACACAAUCCUCUACAGUGGUAUCGCACACGUUAUUGACAAUGUCCUCGCACCCGGAGAGUUCGACCGCGCUUCCCUCCAGCCUUCUGCCCCAGCAGCUUCGCGUGUCGGCUUCGCUGGCGCAUCUGCAGUCUCUCGCCUCCCUCUUUCAAGUGCCUCGCUUGCUUUCUUCGGUGACGUGAUAACUUACUCGACCACUCCCGAGUUACUCAAGACCGUUGCUGCUCUUGCUGCUCCAUCCACUGUUGUAGUCAGUACUUCUUCUGCUGCUUCCGGUGUGACCACAGCCACAAGGAGCACGUCUGCACCGGUUGCUGAGUUCACGGGUGCCGCUGGUGCGUUGUUGGCUCGAAAGGGUGCCGCGCUUGCUGGUGCGGUCGGUGCUGUGGCGAUGCUCAUCUAGAUGCGCUUCUGGGUAGAUGCAGGCGUGAUAUCGGGGGAUAUAUGAUAGGGACGCAGGUAAAGGUCUGGCAGGAGGAGGGAUAAUUCUGGGUGGAGGUCACGUCUCCAAUGAAUGGUGUGCCAUUAGUGUUCUUACUCUAUUGCAUCCAUCGUUCAGUGUCGUUACUGCCUCUGAUUAGUUUGAAUUACAUCAUUCCAUUCAUCGUGGUCGUUUCGGCACUCUCCUCACAUCUGGCAGGCAGGAGAUGGGCUCACAUCAGCUUUGUCCACACAUCAGCUAACUUUCAGAUCCAAGGCUGAGUACCAUGACGCUGCUACAGGCUUUUAGAGCCCCAGCUUUAUGGAUGCAGAUCCUGCUCUGAUACGUCUGUG